GCUUCUUCCCUCCUCUCCCUCUCCUCAUUUCCUUUCUCUCUUCCUUUCUCUUCAUUCCCCUUCUCUCUUCAUGGCUCCUGGCUUUAAACAGCAACUCCCACAGGUGGGAGCAGCCGCACCCCACAACACCUGCAGCAGCAACAUUUCAGGUGAUGGUCAAGUUCUUCUUAAAUCGAAAGUCACCGUGGUGGGUAGUGGGAAUUGGGGCAGUGUUGCUGCUAAGCUCAUUGCUUCAAACACCCUCAAGCUCGGAUCUUUUCAUGAGGAAGUGAGGAUGUGGGUAUUUGAGGAGACAUUGCCAAGUGGUGAGAAGCUCACUGAUGUUAUCAAUCGAACUAAUGAAAAUGUUAAAUACCUUCCUGGUAUUAAGCUUGGUAAAAAUGUUGUCGCAGAUCCUGACCUUGAAAAUGCAGUUAAAGAUGCAAACAUGUUGGUUUUUGCUACCCCACAUCAAUUCAUGGAGGGUAUAUGCAAGACGCUUGUUGGAAAAAUAAAGACAGAUGCAGAGGCUAUUUCUCUUGUUAAAGGGGUGGAGGUCAAGAUGGAAGGCCCCCGCAUGACCUCCAAUCUUAUCUCAGAAAAGCUAGGGAUUAACUGCUCUGUGCUGAUGGGGGCAAAUAUUGCAAAUGAGGCUGCCAUAAUGAGAAUUGGUCUUAAAGAAAUGAGAGCUUUGUCCAAGCUGUUGUUUCUGUCUGUUAAGGAUAGUACGUUUUUUGAAAGCUGUGGGGUCGCUGAUCUCAUCACAACUUGCUUAGGAGGAAGAAACCGAAAAGUUGCAGAGGCGUUUGCUAAGAAUGGAGGGCAAAGGUCCUUUGAUGAGCUUGAGGCUGAGAUGUUGCAGGGCCAGAAAUUACAGGGUGUGUCAACAGCAAGAGAGGUGUAUGAGGUUCUAAGCCACCGUGGAUUGCUAGAGUUGUUUCCGCUUUUCACAACAGUGCAUGAGAUAUGUACUGGUCGUCUUCCACCAUCAGCUAUAGUUGAAUAUAGUGGGCAGAAACCCAAAUUGUCCCUGUUAAAGGCUUCUGUCAAUUGUCAUUGACUUCUUCACGGACAUACCUACAUUUGAGACGUUAAUGGAGCAGCAUUUGUUAAGUCACCAUUCAAACACACAGAAGAGGAAGCAAAAGACCCAUUUUCAGACUAAAACAAUAAGGCCUGG